GGGCGGACACGGCGCAUGCGCGGUGCGGACGGUGCGCCUGCGCGGCGGCGGGGCGGCACGUAAAGGUCGCGGCGUGGCGGUACCGGUUAUACCGGUGGUACCGGUAACGGCAUGGACGCGCCGUCCGCCGCCGGGCUGGGCGGCGCCGACCCCCAGCUCCAGCGCUUCAUCGAGGUGGAGACGCAGAAGCAGCGCUUCCAGCAGCUGGUGCACCAGAUGACCGAACUCUGCUGGGAGAAGUGCAUGGACAAGCCGGGUCCGAAGCUGGACAGCCGGGCCGAGACAUGCUUCGUGAACUGCGUGGAGCGCUUCAUCGACACUAGCCAGUUCAUCCUGAACCGGCUGGAGCAGACACAGAAGUCCAAGUCAGCCUUCUCAGAGAGCCUGUCCGACUGAGUGGGACCCGUGCCCCGGGAGAUGCCGGCCAGCCCCCCAUGAGGCUGGGCGCUCUGCCAUGCCAACUCCCGGUCACUCUGCUGCCUGAAUGAGCCAGGAUCAGCUCUGGGGUUUAGGAUUUAAUUAAAUGCCAGUCUUGGGGAAGUUGCAGCCAGAUGAGAGCCCAUGACAGAGGCACAGUCACUCCUCCUUGGCGUGAUGUGGCCCUGCAGGCCAGCAGCUGUCUGUGCUGGGACUCCUGGGCUGCUAAUGCUAUGCAGGGAGCAUUUGGAACACACCUGCUCAGCUGACGCUCACAUCAGGGGGUACUCCCAGUGGUGAUGUGAAUCUCAGCUCUGGGUGAGGCCAGCCUGCGACUGCUGCCUUAAAUGGUGCUGCACAAAAUGAACCCUCCUGUGUAGAUGCUAUCAAGCUCUGCAGGUGCCAUUGCUGUGAAGUCCGGUACAGGUGCCCUUCGUGAGAAGAGCUUGUUGGGCACAGUGAUCAUCCCAGGCAGUGUCACUACUGGAAAAUAUUUUCAGGCUUCCAUAGGUAUAUUGUUCAUGUGGCCAAGUGACAAAUUUUCAAAUUGCAGCAUAACUCUGUCAAUACUGACUUGCUCCAUUAACUGCUUUCCCCUGGUCAAUGUAAUAAAUAUUAACUGGGUCAAUUUUUAA